AAACUUAAAGAAAUAAUAUCACAGACAAAGAAAAGAAGCAAUAUAUAAUAUUAUAUUAAACGGUUAAAAACAGAUGCAAGUUUUAUAUAUAUAAAAUUGAUGCCAAUGUUGUCCUAUGUAGUGAUAACACAAAGAGGACAAACGUAGAGCCAAAGAAGGAAAAACAAUAGAAGAAUAAGAAAUUGUCGUUAAAAGUGAGUGACAUACAUAUAUAUACAAAAAUAUAUCAUUAGAGAAAUGAUCAUGAAGGAUUCUAUGGAAGAAGGUUCAAAUAAUAAGUGGGAAUGGAGAAAAACAAGAACAACAUUAAUGGCGGAACUGAAGAAGAUGAGUAGUAUAGCAGGACCAAUGGUGGCAACGACUGUGUUGCAAUAUCUUCUGCAAGUAGUAUCAGUGAUGAUGGUUGGACAUCUUGAUCAGCUCUCUCUUUCAAGUGUUGCCAUUGCUACAUCUCUCACUAAUGUUUCUGGUUUUAGUAUUCUGUCAGGGAUGGCGGGUGGAUUAGAAACUUUAUGUGGACAAGCUUAUGGAGCAGAACAAUUUGAAAAGUUCGGAAUAUACACACACACUGCAAUAAUAUCCCUUACUAUGGUUUGUGCACCAAUAACUAUUAUAUGGAUUUUCAUGGACAAAGUACUAAUUCUCAUUGGCCAAGACACCACAAUUUCCCAUGAAGCUCGAACAUAUGCACUUUGGUUAAUACCUGCCCUAUUUGCCUCUGCAAUUCUCAAACCUCUAACACGUUUUUUUCAAACACAAAGUUUGAUUUUUCCAAUGAUUAUUAGCUCCUUUCUAGUUUUGUGCUUCCAUGUAGUUACUUGUUGGACAUUAGUAUUUAAAUUGGGAUUAGGACAUAUUGGUGCUGCAAUUUCCUUUAGUUUAGGAACUUGGUUGAAUGUGCUGAUACUUUUGUGUUUUGCAAAAUAUUCACAUGCUUGUGAGAAAACACGUGUGUCAUUUUCUACAAAGGCUUUCCUUGGUAUUAGAGAGUUUUUUGGUCUCGCUGUUCCAUCCGCAGCUAUGGUCUGUCUCAAAUGGUGGGCGUGUGAGUUGCUUGUUUUGCUAGCUGGACUUUUUCAAGAUCCAAAGUUGGAGACAUCGGUUCUUUCAAUAUGCUUGACAAUAUCUACAUUGCAUUUCACCAUAUCCUAUGGGCUUGGGGCUGCUACUAGCACAAGAGUUUCAAAUGAACUAGGAGCUGGAAAUCCAAAAGCAGUUCGUUUUUCGGUUUGUACAGCAAUGGUCCUUGCAAUUACAGAGGCUCUUAUUAUAACUGCAAUCCUAUUAGGUUGCAAACAUAUCUUAGGUUAUGCUUACACCAAUGAUAGUAUGGUUGUUCAUUAUGUGGCCGCUAUGACUCCUUUGUUAUGUGCAUCAAUUUUUACGGAUAGCUUGCAAGCAGUUCUUUCAGGGGUUGCUAGAGGAAGUGGGUGGCAACAUGUUGGAGCCUAUGUGAAUCUUGGAGCAUUUUAUCUAGUAGGAAUUCCUGUUGGUGUAGUGUUAGGGUUUGUUGCACAUUUCAGAGCAAAAGGCCUUUGGAUUGGAAUAGUAGCUGGCUCAAUUGUGCAAACAGUUUUCCUUUUCAUUAUUACUGCUCUUACAAAUUGGAAAAAACAGGCAAUGUUGGCUAGAGAGAGAAUAUUUGAUGACACUUCUUCUGAUGAAAGUAUAACAAAUAACAAAACCAGUGUAUAAAGUUAAUUAUUAGCUGUAUUGUUUCUCUAUUAAGAAAGCAUCCUCUGAAAUAUUAUGUGUUGAUCAUGUGUAUAUCAUUCAAUGAAUUCAUAGCUCCUGCAUCAGCACCCUAGCAAGGUUACUUUUCUUGGUGACAUCGCAUGGGCUCUAUUAUCAUUGACCUUCUCAAGGAAUUCCUUCCUUUUUUUUGCUUUCGCACCGGUUCCGACCUAAAUAGUAGAUCGACUAAUUCGGCUCAUGCUACGGAGGCACGUGCACUGGCCAAGCGUUGUUUCUGCUAGGAAUCGAACUCGGUAUUCCCCGAAUAUCGUCCUUUGCAAAGAGAAUUCCUUCUUCUUUGCUAGUGGUAAUAGAUUCAUUCUUUCUGCAUGAUCAAAAUUAAACAGUUAAUCUAAAAUAAUAAUAAUAAAAAAGUUGAGAAUGAAAUGGUGAAAAAAAAUUACAAAUGAAAUCAUCAAGGCCCAUAUUAUCGCCCUCCACUUCCAUUUAAUCUCAAACACUUAAAAAGGAAACCAGUAAUUGACAUCGGGUCACACCCAAUAAAAAAGAAACCUAUGACCUCCCUCAUUGUCAAGAGUGACCUUUGAGCACUUAUCAUUGUCACGUACUCGAAAGAACUACUUCUUUCAAUUUUUGUAGUUUGAGAAAUACAAGGAGAAUAGUUCCCUGUU